AUGGUCCAGGCCGGCGGGACAGCUGGUGCCGUCCUUGCCAUCAACCUGGUCAACCAAGUCUCUUCUGGAGCCUCGUCAUAUGAGUUGAGUGUGGACAACGCCAUUGCCAUCGUCAGAGAGAUGGGAACAGCCACUUUUUGUGCUUGUGUGUGCUUGCAGCCAAGCUUGCAAAUCGGACCCUUCUUAAAUGGGAAAAUGUCUGGUCGUUUAAGAUGA